AUGUAGUUUUGUUUUGUUUCCAGACAGGGUUGCUCUGUGUAGCCUUGGUUGUCCUGGACUCGCUUUGUAGACCAGGCCGCCCUCCAACUCACAUCGAUCCAGCUUCCCUUUGUCUUCCUGAGUGCUGGGAUUAAAGGCUAUUUGAAGGGUUUUGCUAAAGCAUGGAUAUAAGACCAAAUCACACGAUUUAUAUCAACAAUAUGAAUGACAAAAUUAAAAAAGAAGAAUUAAAGCGAUCCCUGUACGCCUUGUUCUCUCAGUUUGGACACGUGGUGGAUAUUGUAGCCUUGAAGACCAUGAAAAUGAGGGGACAGGCUUUUGUUAUAUUUAAGGAGCUGGGCUCAUCCACAAAUGCUUUGAGACAAUUACAAGGAUUUCCAUUUUAUGGUAAACCAAUGCGAAUUCAGUAUGCAAAAACAGAUUCCGAUAUAAUAUCUAAAAUGCGUGGCACUUUUGCUGACAAGGAAAAGAAAAAAGAAAAGAAGAAAGCAAAAACCAUGGAACAGGCUGCAGCAGCUGCAAACAAAAAGCCUGGUCAGGGAACACCAAAUUCAGCUACUACCCAAGGAAAUGCAGCGCCAAAUCCACAGGUCCCUGAUUACCCUCCCAACUAUAUCCUGUUCCUUAAUAACUUACCAGAGGAGACGAAUGAGAUGAUGCUGUCCAUGUUGUUCAAUCAGUUCCCUGGUUUUAAGGAGGUUCGCCUGGUCCCAGGGCGACAUGACAUUGCAUUUGUAGAAUUUGAAAAUGACGGGCAGGCAGGAGCUGCCAGAGAUGCUCUACAAGGCUUUAAGAUCACACCGUCCCAUGCCAUGAAGAUUACCUAUGCCAAGAAAUAGCGUUUGGAUGCCAGCGUUAGAGGACUUGCUCUUAUUUAUGGUGUUUGUUCUGAUCAUGUCUGGUCAAGUCAUUUUUAAAUGGUUGGAAGUAAGGGUGACGUUUUUGGGGGAAAGUUACCUAACUUUUUUUUUUUAGUUUUGGUGAACUAUGAAAUACAAAGCCUUAAUUUUGUACAAUAAACUAUUAUCUGUA